GGGGGACUGAUACAAGCUGCGGAGCUGGUUCGGAAGAAGGUUUUGACAAUACACGAUUUGCAAAUUUUCGAGCGGGACAGCGACUACGGUGGAGUCUGGAAGGCGGCGACUUAUCCCGGAGCGGCGUGCGACGUAUUCAGUUGCACGUACCAGAUUAGCUGGCAUCGAAACCCAGUAUUACAGGCGAUUUGCGGAGCACUAUCGUUCCCCCAGGUCACAACCUUUGGCCAAAAUGUUGUAAAGGCCACGUGGUCCGCGGAGAAGUCUUUGUGGGUAGCAGACCUGGAGGAUGUUCACUCCGGGGAGUCGGGCACGUUGGACCUGCCGUGUCUUGAUCCAGGCGGCCGGCACCUACAAUCGCAAAUCCGUCCCGAAUUACCCUGGCAUGCAUUUGUUCAAGGGGAGAUGUGGCAUGCUUCUGACUGGCCAGAGAACUACUAUUUCGCGGGGAAGAGUGUGGCAUAUGUAGGCACUGGACCAACAUCCGUCCAGGUCCUUCCUUACAUUCAAGCACAAGCGAAAGAGGUCAGCGUGUUCUGCAGAAGUAUGACAUACUGCCACCCAUUCACAAAUAUUAAGUACCCAGGUUGGGUAAAAUGGGCGUUCCGGUGGAUUCCCGGCCUACUUGCUCUGUAUUCCCUCAUUGUCGCGUCGCUCUUCGCCCCUUGGGCCUACUUUGCCUUUAGGCCCGAAACGUGGCUUGCAAGAUACACGGAGCAUUAUUGCCGCAGGGUUUUAGAGAAACAGGUUCCUGAUCCGGAUCUCCGGAAAAAGCUGAGCCUUACCGGUCGAUUCGGGUCAAAACGACCGCUGGUUUCCCUCUCCGGAUUCUUCGAUGUUCUCCAGAAAGAGAACGUUAAUGUGGUCAGCAAUCCAAUCAUGGCCGUGGACGAAGCUGGCAUCACCACAGAAACACCCAUGACAAAUGAUGCAGUCAUUCAGAUAGAUGACGCAGACAGCAGUGUUUCCAGCGUCUCCACAGAAAGACCGAAGGUUGGAGGCACACAUAUAAAGGCAGAUGUAAUCAUCUGGGGCACCGGAUUCCAGAUGCAGGGAUGGGGUGGAGCGGUGCCGACUUUAGGCCGUGAAGGUAAACUGCUCAGCGAACACUGGAAAGACUCCCCAAAGACGCUCUUUGGCACUAUGACAUCCGAUUUUCCAAACCUCGUUCUGGUCAAUAGUCCGAAUACAACGACUCCUUGGGGCAGCCUGAUACGGAGCCUCGAACAUCAGGCAAGGGUCAACCGCAAAAUUAUCCGACACAUACGCAAGAGCUCGAAAAAAGAUCCUAGCUACACGAUAGAGCCUCGACCAGAGAAAGAGAUUGGAUGGACGGAGUCGAUGCAGCCAGAGCUCGAAAAGCUGGCCACCAGCCCCAAAUAUGGACCUGCAUUCUACUACCUCAAUUCUAAGGGACAGAACACAUUCUUCUGGCCUUGGCCGCAGCGAUAUUACUGGUGGAAGACAAGGAAAUUAAAUAUCGGAGAUUAUGUUGAGAGAUGUGGCUUGCACAAGGAAUUAUGA